ACUCAAAAUGGCUGCCCCCAUGAUGGAGAGGCUCGAGGUAGCGGGACAGAGGCUGUAUAGCAAUAGCAAAGUCUGGUUGCCUGGGCUGACCCAGAUCAGGUGGAGCCGAUACAGUCCCAUUUACCUUGAGCCAGAAAUAAACAAAGAAGCAUAUCGCAAGCCUCCAGAACAAUUAACAGAAGAGGAAAAGGCUGACAAAGAGCUCAAAACAGUCCAACCCAUAAAAGCUGCCCCUUCCAGUGUCACCAGUUCUGUGUUCUAUGAUCCACUGAUAAGCAAAUUCACUAGCAUGAUGAUGAUGGGAGGGAAUAAAACUCUGGCCCGAUCCCUCAUGAAUCAGACUUUAGAAACCAUUAAGAGGAAGCAGCUUGAGAAGUACCAUAAAUCCGAUGAGAAGGAGAGAGAAAACAUUGAGUGCAACCCUUACACUAUCUUCCAUCAGGCCCUGAAAAACUGCGAGCCUAUUAUUGGGUUGGUGAAUAUCCAGAAAGGAGGUCGAUCCUACCAGGUCCCUACCCCCCUGAAGGACAACCGGCGGCGCUUUCUGUCUAUGAAGUGGAUGAUCACUGAGUGCAGGGAAAACAAGGACAGUCAGACAUUUAUGCCUGAAAAGCUCUCCAGUGAGCUGCUGGAAGCCUUCCACAAUGAAGGCCCUAUAAUAAAGAAAAAGCAUGAGAUGCACAAAAUGGCAGAGGCUAAUCGGGCCUUUGCACAUUUUCGUUGGUGGUAGAAAACACACCGUCCUGGCAAACGCAAUGUAGGAUGACGGAGACUUCACCAGAAGGCAGGCAUUUCGUAGCAUGUCACCAGCCUGGGAGUGCUUCUUGGCUGACUCUCUUGAAACGACGUUUAAGAAAUCUCAAAGCAGAUUACUUAGUAACAUUUCAUAUUUUAGGAGUUUUUUUCUUGACUCUUACAAGGUGAAGUUAUUCCCAUUUCCUAGAUUACUGGAGUCUUCUGGAAACCUCCUCGUUUGAAGUAGAGCCAAACUAAUGGUAAUAAAGAUGUAAACCACAUUUUGAUAUCUCUGAUGAACAUUCUCCUUUCCUAUAAUACUUUUUUCCUGUUGGUUAGUUGACUGUGGUGUAUGUGUAAGAUAAAAUGAGUGAAAUUUGAUACCAUGCUUUAACGGAACUUGAGGAGAGAAAUCAAAGGAUUGCAAUUAACUUUCUGUCUCAAAAAGGAUGGGGAAAGGGAGAGUACCCAACAUUCAAAAUUAUACCCUUGGUUCCAGAUGACAAUAGCCUUUCUGGACCAUGAGUCAUGCAUAUCUGCAUUUCAUUACUUGAUUUCUUUACACCUCACGAUUGACAAUUGGAUGUGUCAGCAUGUGGCACUGCACUUGCAAUAAGGUGAGCAAAAAUGAAAGUUCUGUUUGAUGUACUAUUUAUGAUGGCUCACCCAUCACUUGAUGUGGCAAGCCAUCCAACUGCUGACCACCACAUAUGAACUGCACCUGUGGAAGGCUAACAAAUGGAAGUACCUCAGGUGCAGCUGUGUGUCCAUGCAGGCUGUAUUAGCUGAGGACCAGUACGGCCUAGUGGGUAGUGAUCUAUGGGGUUCACAUGGCAUAUCUGCUGUGUAAUGGCUAAUUGGUCUUAAUCUUAGCUCAACUAUUCUACCUGUAAAACAGGGACAAGAAUGACCAGUUGCAUAAACCAGUUUCAGAAAGAUAAAGAUUAUAUGAUUCAUCACACUGGAAGAGUUAUAUCAAUUAUAUAAAUAAAUUCCUAUUAU